AUGGCCCGUGAGAAGUUCCGAAAACUUUUGAUGGACGGCAUUGAAAUCCAGUGGGAACACACUUUCGAAUCUUUUGAGACUGCAGAUGGUGGCGCAGUGAGAGCGAAAUUCUCCGUUCCCAAUGGAACGCACACGGCUGAGGGCUCGAUAAUUGUCGGAUGCGACGGCUCCCAUUCUCGCGUUCGCGCUUCUCUCUUUCCUAACCCAUCAAUGCACGAAAAUUAUCAUCUGCCGGUCCGACUCCUCGGCGUGAGUACAAUAUAUCCCGGCAAGCUUGCCGCCAAAAUGCGCGCGUUGGAUCCCUUUUUCUUUCAAGGUGGUGAUCCACUUACGAGUGCGUCCCACUGGUUUUCAUUUCUGGACAGCGCAGAGACAAGCGGCCGCGGCGAUGAUACACGAGACUGCCAGAUCCUCGUCUCCUGGCCGCACCGCCGGGGCUUUUUAGGCGAGGAUACACCGUUGGACGUUCCCGCGAAGAGCCGUGACCGUGUGGCGUUCAUGAAGAGGGUGGCCAGCGACUGGGCGGACCCGUUUCAUGAGAUUGUCCAGUCCAUCCCGGAAGAGGCGGAGCCGAAAACAAUAUCACUGGAGGACUGGGUGCCGCCACGCGACCAAUGGACGACUAUUCCUGGAUCCGACCAUGUUGUACUGGUUGGAGAUUCUGCGCAUACCAUGACAAUGUACAGAGGCGAGGCGGCAAACCACGGUAUUUUGGACGUGGAAUCGCUCUUGUCGGCGAUCUUGCCAGCGCUGAGGGCAAGCGAUGAUCGACUUGGGGAUAGCCUGAGGGAGGCGUGUAAGAUCUAUACGCAGGGAAUGGUUGAUAGAACAGCGCCAGCAGUCCUGAAGAGUCGCCAGGCGUGCUUAGACGCCCACGACUAUGAAAGGAUAAAUGACAACAGUCCUUUGAUACAGAUGAGGGCUGCUGUACUACAGGAGCCGAAGCUUAACAGUGAACCUGUUUUGGUUGUUUGA